AUGAGUUACUCUUCAACUAACGAGCAACAAGAAAACUUGAUCAUCAAGUUGUACCUUUCAAAGGAUCAUAUCCGAAGAUUCACUGCAAGUCCAUCAUCAACGUUGGAAGAAGUGAAAGCCAAAGUGGUUGAAUUUUACCGUGAAUUAGGACAACAAGAAAUCUCCACCGACAAGUUGGAUUUACAAUAUUGUGAUAGUGAUAAUGAAUGGGCUAUACUCAGAAAUGAAGACGAUUGGUAUUGUUGCAAGGCUAUUUGUUCUCCGAAUAUCAAGAUUAGACAAGCCAAUAUGUGGAUGAAGGCUAUUUACAAUUACAAGACUCACCAACAAGCUUUGGUUCAAAAAUUCAACAAGGAAAAGAAGCAACUCAUGACAAAAGGACAAGAAUUAUGUUCUCAAAUCAAUCAAGAAUUGAAAAAGCUUGGAUCUAACGAAGAAGUUAAGAAGUUUGAGAAGGCCAUUGAAGACUUUUGCACAAAUGUUGUUGAUUCCAUCACUCCUUUGCUUAAUAACGCUGCUGAAGCCACCAGUGAUUUAUUUGAAAGUGCAUUCAGAGGAAGACCAUCAUCAGCAAGUGCAUCUUCUUCAACGGAUGAACAACAGCCAUCGAAUGACUUGAUCCGAGUGACUGAACACGAAGAUCAGGAAGAAGAGAAGGCUUUCGAACAAGCACAACAGCCAGUUCAACCAUCCAAUCAACAACAGCCAACUCAAACAGAAGAAAACAUUAUCGAACGAUCAGGUUUUAUUUGGGUGAACCCAACAAAUAGCUCACCAGUUCCAGUGGUUCAACCAAAAGUUGAAGAAGUUCAGCAACCACAAGAGCCUGUAGUCUCUCAACCAACAGUGGUGCAACAAGAAGAACCAGUUGCUGAAGAAUCAGUACCAGUUGUUGCUCAACAAGAAGAGGAGCAACCUGCUGUUGACGUGCCCUAUGCUGAGCAGCUCAAAAUGCUUGAAGUCAUGGGCUUCACGGAUACCAACAAGAAUUUACAAUUACUAGACAAGCAUAAGGGGAACCUUGCUUUGGUUGUCGAUGAAUUGUUGUAA